UCUGGUUCUCUCUGUUUUCCAUUUCAUAUCCAUUCAUCAAAAACGAACAUAUAUAUGGCUUCCAAGAGGUGGUUCAUUGACGAUCAUGCUGAUGAUAACGACGAACCAGCUGCACCAGGAUCCGACCCGGCAGGACACCAUCAUCAGCCCAGCGACAAGAGGAUCCGAACCACUUCUACUCCUUCCUUUGCGUCAGUGAUCGGAGAAGCGGUUAUGGUGAACUCACUGAAGCAUCUCUGUAUGGCCCUCGAGCCCGUGCUCCGAAAAGUGGUGAAGGAGGAAGUGGAGAAGAGUCUUAGUAAGAGAUACUCCGCGGCCGGCUCAUCAUCAUCAAUGUCCUCGUCUCAUACGCAAACUCAUCAACCCAUGGAGCCGCCGCCACAGCCAGCAUCAUCAUCACCAUCUGGUCUCCAGCUGGUCUUCACCAACAAGCUUUCCCUCCCGAUAUUCACGGGGACGAAAAUAGUAGACGCCGGCGGCUCUCCUCUCCAAAUCCUCCUGGCCGACAUCGCCACGGGGACUCAGAAGAUGGAUAACAAGGUGGUGAAAGUGGAGAUCGUGGUUCUGGACGGCGACUUCCCGGAGGAGGGGGAUGGCAGCAUGACGUGGACGGCGGAGGAGUUCGGUAGGAACGUGGUGAAGGAGAGGACGGGGAAGCGGCCUUUGCUGGCGGGGGAUUGCUUGACCUUCACGCUACGUGACGGCCGCGCCUCGCUUGGGGAGAUCGAGUUCACUGAUAAUUCGAGCUGGAUACGGAGCAGGAAGUUUCGGAUCGGGGCUAGGGUUGUUCAUGACGGCCGAGGUUUGAGGGUUCGCGAAGCCAUGACUGAGGCGUUCAUAGUCAAAGAUCAUCGUGGAGAAUUGUACAAGAAGCAUCACCCCCCGAUGCUGGAGGAUGAAGUGUGGAGGCUGGAGAAGAUUGGGAAAGAUGGGGCUUUCCAUAAGAAGCUCGCUGCCGAAGGCGUCAAUUCCGUUCAGGACUUCUUGAAGCUCUCUGUCGUCGACCCGCUAAAGCUCAGAAAGAUGUUGGGGGCCGGGAUGUCCGACAAAAUGUGGGAAGUAACCAUAAAACAUGCGAGAAGAUGCGAGUUGGGGAAUAAACAUUACAUCUACAGAGGGCCAAGCUAUUGCCUCACCUUAAACCCUAUCUGCCAAGUCGUCAACGCCACUAUUAGUGGACAAGAUUGCUCCAACCUUGACAUUUCUGGUAUCAACAAACUUUAUAUCGAGAACUUAGUAAGGCAAGCAUAUACAAACUGGCAUGACCUACAAGAGGUCAUUGGAAUACCGAGUGACGUUGCAUCGCUCAAUCAAGGUGAGGUGAUGGAUCAAUACCCUAAUCAUCAUGAUCCUCAAGAACAACAACAACAGCCGCAACAAGAACAAAAUCAUAUCGUGGCAAAACCGAUACCAUUAUCAUUUCAUCAUCAAUACAAUCUAGGAAUGGGUGGAUAUAUGGAGCUAGGGAGAAUAAUCCAGCAACCAUCUCAUCAACAGCAAAUCAAUACUAUCGAGCAACACCAAGGCAACAUGGGCAACAACACUAGUAACAAUAACAAUAAUAGUUGGCAGAUCAACUCUUCAUCAUCUUACCAUCCCCAUAAUCAGCAGCUUGUCACGACUGUUGCUUCCCUUGAACCAGUAGAUGAAGGUCUGCGGCACACUACAUCAAAUCCAUCCUUGACUAAUGGUGAGAUUGCCAACUUCUAGUCAUAUAGAGCAUGACUUGGCUCGUCAGUACAGAUACAUACGAAACUACAUGAUCUGCAAUCAUCGUAAUUUAAUUUUGCAAACCAUGACAUGGUCGAAAAUUUUUCAAAAAUCUACGAUGGGUUGUCAUAGUGAAGUGAUUAUGAAGAUGUAAAGCAUAAUUAGACAUCUUCAAUACUCUAUGUGCUUUCAUAUGUCUUCCAUUUAUCACCUUCUAGAUUGCAGGCUAAGCUCUAUUUUCUUCAGAUGUUGUUAACCAACUUUAAAUAUUCUCCCAAUUUCAAUAACUCAAAUAAAUCAUAAAACUAUAC